AUGGCCCGUGGAGAAAUUUCCGAUCCACUUCUUCCGUUAAAUACUGGAGUUCAUCUAUUCGUUGAUAAUUAUUACAUUGAAAAUUCCUCUUCAUUACAAUUUCAAAAUGGUAAAAUCGAAAAAGAUCUCGAUCAUCCUCUCGUUCAUCCUGAAUAUCCCUGGGAAAACGCAGUACACUUCUAUACAAGUUUCUUACAAGUUCCCGCUGAUCUUUCUAUUCAUGGAAAAGCAAUGUAUUUAUUAUACUACGCAUGCGCUGCCUCCUAUCAAGUUCUAUUUAACAGCACUGUAUCUGUAUGUGUUGCAAAUAGUACCGAUGGAAUCAAUUGGCAAAAACCAUUAUUAUGGUAUUAUCCAUUUACAGCGAAUGGAACGCAGUCAGCGCGUCCGACUAAUAUUGUGUUUGUGACGGAAACCAAUGAAUUUUUAGGUUCGAUUUUUCUCGACCGUGGUAAACGAACUCCUCGUUUGGAAAUCUUUAAAAUGACUUAUGAGAAUUCACCGCAACGUUUCGUAUACAUUGGAACAUCUCCUGAUGGAUUCAAAUGGACAGCAGGAACAAAACCAGCUCAUCCCAAAGCUGGUUUGUCCGAUACCCAAACUGUGAUGUUAUAUUCGGGAAAUAAUGGUGGAGAAUACGUGUUAUAUGGUCGAUAUAAUUCCGAUGUAGCAAAUACGAGUGUUUACUGUCCUGGAUCUUGGUCUGAUUAUCGACACGCUGUUGUGACUCUAUCGACUGAAAGUGCAUUCGGUCCAUGGACAGAAUCUGUCGAAGCAUUUCCACUUGGAUCACCUGAUCCAAUUCAAUGUUUUGACAAUUAUAAUCCUGCUGCUUUAUUUUACAAUAAUGUCUAUUUUCUUUUCCCUUCAGGAUAUCUACAUUGGGCACAAUCAGAUUCGGGUGCACCAAUUCAGCGUGCUGCUCAGAAUGAUGGAGUAAUGGACAUUCGAUUAGCUGUCAGUCAUCUUGCACAUGGUCCCUUUACUUUUCCAACACGAGAUCCAUUCAUUUCUCGUGGAAUCGGUACGGUUGAUCCAAAAUCAAAAUUAGUCAAUGGAACUGGUAGCGACCGAGACGCUGGAUUCGUCUUCUCAUCAGCAAAUGGGUUAUUAGAUCCAGACUUCAUACGAUCGGAUGUUGUUACACCUUCAGCAUGGAUGUAUCACGUCUAUUGGGGUUCCCAAACAACUCACGCGGGUGGCGGUGCGUUUCUAGGUCGGUAUUGGCCCGAUGCUUAUUCAGGUAUAUUCAGAGCGCGUCUACGUCGGGAAGGGUAUGUUUCUCUUGCAACACUAACAUCUGACCCAACAGGUAAAGGUUGGUUCACUUCCAAAGUUUUGUCUUUACCUGAAAAGAAGGACGGUCAACAGUUACUAUUGUAUAUCAAUGCUGAAAUUGCCACCGCAGGUUAUUUAGCGAUUCAAUUUGAAGAUGGAUUGACAGGAAAUCCUAUUCCUGGAUUUACAUUCGACGAAUGUAAAACACUACAUGGAAAUGGAAUACGACAAUUAUUAGAAUGGAAAACACAAAAUGGAACAUAUUCAGCAGAUUUGACUCCACUUGUAAAUUAUCCGAAUGGAGUUCGAUUUCAUGUCCAUGUUGGUCAUACAAAACUUUACGCUUUUAUUCUUUCAUAUGUCUAA